GCCAUUUUAGUUGACUCAAAAGUAACAGGCAUGCCGAAUAAGUAAUAUCCUACAUGUAGUUUGUUAUUUAAAAUUAUAUUUACCUUAAUAAGUUGUUUUUUAAUUGAGAAUGCCGUCGUGUUCAGUGAUCGGGUGUUUACAGAGAAACGUAAGCGACGGAAUCACGCUUCAUAGAUUCCCACAUGACCCGGUUCAGAGGCAGCGCUGGGUAGAUGCUCUGAGGAGAGAGAAUUUUGUCCCGGGGAGGUCAGCCGUCGUGUGCUCGAGACACUUCGCUGAAGAGGACAUCGAUCGGACGAGUCUAGUUUGUGUUCGGAUUCGUGCAAAUGCGGUCCCGACGGUUUUUCCGGAUUGUCCAUCACGUUCACGUAAAAGAGGGAGGAAAGUCAGAGAGAGGAAGUCCGGGAGAUUAUCUUCAGAUGUUACUUCGGAACAAUUCAAGGAUGUAGAUCAUGGGGAAUCUGCAGUUUUGUCUGCUUCUUCAUCAGCAGAGACUUCAUCCUCUUCCACGCCAUCAAUGACUUCUCCCAUCACGACAUCGACUUCCUCACCUUCCACAACUGUGACUUCCUCUACCUCCACUCCAUCAACAACCUCCUCCGCUUUCACACCACUGACGACGUUUCACACCGUGCUAUCAACUUCCUCCACUUCUUUGCCAUUGCCUUUAUUCACUUCCAAGACAUUGACCUCCUCCACUUCUACGGAAUCAAUAACUUUUCCUACCAUGCCAUCAACUUCCUCCACUCCUUCGUCACUGCCAGCGUCAACAUCCAAACCAUCUGCGCCUUUCCUCACUAUGCCAUUGGCUUCCUUCAAUUACACCGCAUCAAGCUUCUCUUCCACUCCAUUGACGACUUCCUCCACUUCCGCGGGAUCAAUUUCUGCAUCGCCGAAUCCAGAAGCGUCAUCCGGUGCGGCGAAGCCCGCCCACACGUCCCUAAACCUUCACCUCGAGCUUAAGCUUGGCCGUUCACAGCAACAGCUGGAGUCGUCGAGGAAGCAAAUAAAAAUUCUGCUGCAAAAUAAGCGAAGACUGAACAGACGUAACGCUCGUCUGAAAUCGAUGAUUACUGAUCUGAAAAAGCAAAAUUCGAUGCGCUCCGAAAGCUUGCAGGUGUUUGAAAAAUCUCCGACCGGUGUGGCAGACCUUUUGAAAAGACACACCGCUAAACAGUUAAACGAAGUUCUACCGUGUUCAUAUUCUGCAGAACUGAAGAGAUUCGCUCAGACGUUACAUUACUGUUCUCCGCGUGCCUACAGAUACGUUCGAAAGAUGUUUAAUACCUGCCUGCCUCACCCACGGACUAUUGAGAGGUGGCACAGCGACACUGACGGAUCAUCCAGCACGCUUCAGGAUUCACAGGAUCAUUUCGAGGAAAGUCAGUUCGAGGGAAUUGCCCGAUCACCCACCGGAGGAAAGAAACUCAAACCCAACGCAGUUCCCACGCUGUUCAACGUUCCAAACCCGCCCUCGCCCAUCGCCCAGCACACACACUCCACCCUGCCGUACAAACCCGAGACAGCAGAGAGCGAUUUGAAGGUCGGGGAUCACGGGUACGCCCGACGGCAGCCCCGAGCCGAGUUGGAGGAAGACGAGCUGCUGAGAGCAGAGGAAGAGCGGCCAUGUUCUCUGUGUCAGCACUAUAAAUCCCAGCUGGAGCAGCAGCAGCAGCACACGGCCAGGCUGCAGAGAGAGGUGGAGGAGAUGAAGAAGCGCUUGCACCGGCUGAGCCGGAUGGAAAAAGGCCUGCAGGUGUUCCUCUUUGAGGAUCAGAUCCGCGCCCUGACCCUGAGCAAGCGCUCGCGCCGCGCCGUCUGGUCCCACGACACCGUCCUGACCGCGCAAAAGAUCCGCUGCGCCGUCGGCGUAAAAGGAUACGAGUUCCUGCGUGAGCUCGGCUACCCCCUGCCCUCGUACCGGACCCUGUGUAACCGUCUCGAACCCAGGAUAAUGAUGAGCGAGAGCAUGCAGGAGGAUCUGGCAGAACUUGGGCUGGGGAUCAUCACCGCCUGCGACAGCGCGGACGAGAACACAGCGAGCGAAGAAGCGCUGAUCGGGAUGAUGACAUAACAGACUGGCUUGUUGUGUGUUUGAGAGAGAAUGUGUGUAAAGUGUAGAAUUCUGGAUUCUGAUUGGUCAGAAGGUGUUAUUUCUAAUUAGCGUGUGUGUUCUAAUACACUAUGGUUUCUAUAGUAACAGCUAAUUUACAGAGACUCGUACAGAUUAAGGUUUAACGCUGGAUAUUAAACUGUGACUGAGGAGUCGAUGCUUUAUCAGAGAGGAGAGGCUGAACGUGUUUCACAGACAUUUAUUGUGACUCCAAAUAGAUAAAAAAAAAAGUGUGAUGUCAUUUUUGUAGUCAAUAAAAGUUGUUAUUCGUCUGGUUGCUGUAGCGUAAGAGGAAUAAACCACUCUAAAAUGUGUUGCUACAGGACAUCUCGCGGUGGUGACGCUAAGUCUGCUUCAUCACCAGAGGGUGUUAGAUUCAUUUCCUUAUAGCAACGCGACUCUGAGUGUGUUUAUUUUUUUAGCAAAAAAUUCAGAACAUUCUCAGUGUCUGGAGUUUGUUUCUUUACUGACUUAUUAAUGACUCCAUUAGUUACUGGAGAGUUUAGGGAACUGGAACUGAUUAUUUUUCUCCUCAUGUCAUCACACACACAUAUGUGUGGCAUACGUCACUUUGUUUAAGCAUUUAAAUUGUGUAUGCUUUCUGCUCACACUUUCUCACAGAACAAUAAUAAAUAACACUAAUGUUUUAUAAA